AUGAGGGGCCAUCUAAUCUCGUCAGGGAAUCAGGACGUCAUCAGAUUAAUCGGCAAAACCCGGAAACUCCCCACCCAACGACACAAGGACUGCCUCUUCGUCUGCUCGUAUAAUUGUCGGACUAUUGCAUCGGAUGCUGAUCUCCGAACACUUCUGCUGAGGAGUCGUCAGAUCAAGUACGAUGUUAUCGCUAUACAAGAAACGAAGGGCAGAACGGAAACCAUUAGGAAAACCGAUCACAACGAGCUGCUUAUUGUUGAAGCCAAGACUCUCACAAAAUCAUCAGUCCACGCAUCGCUGUUUCUACGCUUGCUGACCAAAGAUCAAGGAGCCAUAUCCAUUAUCAAUGGAUAUGCACCCACCUCCACCGCCACUGACGAAGAACGCGAAGAAUUUUACCAGCUUCUGGAAGAUACGAUUCAGAAUGAGAGAACUUACUACAAGUAUGUGGUUGGUGACUUCAAUGCCCUUAUAGGCACGAACCACAACGGCGAUUGGCGACUCGGGCCCCAUGGGAACGCAACAGUUCGAAACGCAGAACGGGAGAAAGCUUGA